AUGCAGGCUCACCAUCGUUGCUGGCGCAGCCUCCCCAGCCCCAAUGUUCGGGAGGCGGCUUCCAUGUAUGGUACUGCUGUGGCCAUCUUCCUGGUCAUCCUGGUGGCUGCACUGCAGGGCUCAGAGCCUCCGGAGAGCCCCUUUCCCUACCGCAUCCCCCUGGACCCCAAGGGGACCCUGCAGCUCUCGUGGAACGUUAGCUAUGUGCAGGAAGUCAUCCACUUCCAGCUCCAGGUGCAUGGGCUGACGGCUGGGGUCUUGUUUGGAAUGUCGGAUCGAGGCGAGAUGGAGAAUGCAGACAUCGUCAUGCUCUGGACUGAUGGGGACAGAGCCUACUUGGCGGAUGCCUGGAGUGACCAGAAGGGACAGAUCCAUCUGGAUGCACAGCAGGACUACCAGCUGCUUCAGGCACAGAGGACCUCAGAUGGCCUAGCCCUGCUCUUCAAGAGGCCCUUUGUCACCUGUGAUCCCAAGGAUUACCUCAUUGAGGAUGACACGAUCCAUCUAGUGUAUGGAAUCCUGGAAGAGCCGUUCCGGUCACUGGAGGCCAUCAACACCUCAAGCCUGCACACGGGGCUGCAGCGGGUACAGCUUCUGAAGUCUGAGUUCCCCACUCCAGCCAUGCCUGCGAAUGUACAAACCAUGGAGAUCCGGGCCCCUAAUGUCCCCAUCCCCAACAAAGAGACCACAUACUGGUGCUAUAUCACUGAGCUGCCCCACGGCUUUGCCCGACACCACAUCAUCAUGUAUGAGGCCGUUAUCACUGAGGGUAAUGAGGCCCUGGUGCACCACAUGGAGGUCUUCCAGUGUGCAGAUGAGUAUGAGACCAUCCCCAAAUUCAACGGACCCUGCGACUCCAAGAUGAAACCUGACCGACUCGACUACUGUCGCCAUGUACUGGCCGCGUGGGCCCUGGGUGCCAAGGCAUUCUACUAUCCAGAAGAAGCUGGUGUUUCCUUCGGGGGCCUAGGGUCCUCCCGGUAUCUCCGACUAGAAGUUCAUUACCACAAUCCAGGGAAGAUACAAGGCCGGCGUGACUCCUCCGGCAUCCGCCUACACUAUACAUCCACUCUCCGGAACCAUGAUGCGGGCAUCCUGGAGCUUGGCCUGGUGUACACGCCCCUGAUGGCCAUCCCCCCUCAGGAGACUGAGUUUGUCUUGACCGGCUACUGCACAGACAAGUGCACCCAGAAGGCACUGCCACCCUCUGGAAUCCACAUCUUCGCCUCACAGCUCCACACACACCUGACUGGCAGGAAGGUGGUCACUGUGCUCGCCAGAGAUGGCAAAGAGAGGAAGGUCGUGAACAGAGACAACCACUACAGCCCUCACUUCCAGGAGAUCAGAAUGUUGAAGAAAGCUGUGUCUGUCUUCCCGGGGGAUGUACUCAUCACUUCUUGCACAUACAACACAGAAGACAGGAAGCUGGCCACAGUGGGAGGUUUUGGGAUCUUGGAGGAAAUGUGUGUCAACUAUGUGCACUACUACCCGCUGACCCAGCUGGAGCUCUGCAAGAGUGCCGUGGAUGAUGGUUAUCUACAGAAGUACUUCCACAUGCUGAACAGAUUCAACGGUGACGAGGUCUGCACCUGCCCUCAGGCCUCCGUUCCCGAGCAGUUCGCCUCUGUGCCCUGGAACUCUUUCAGUGGUACAGUGCUCAAGGCUCUGUAUGGCUUUGCCCCCAUCUCCAUGCAUUGCAACAAGACCUCUGCCAUUCGCUUCCAGGGUGAAUGGAAUCUGCAGCCUCUGCCUGAGAUCACCUCCAAACUGGAAGAACCCACCCCACGCUGCCCCAUACGACAGGCUCUGAACCCCUCUGACCACAGGAGCGUGGUCAUCACAACUGAAGCAGAGGCUCAGUAG